AUGAGAGAGGGUGUUGAAAUCUCUUUAAGAGAUGAAAUUAGGUUAUGUUAUAAAGGUGAUGGAUGGAGGAUAAAAGAGACUGGAAAAAGCACAAAGGUUAAAGGGUAUCAGAAAAUGGGCGAAGGAAAAGGUGACGGCAUUCUUGUAAAUUCAUCAGAAACACUGGUUAGGCUUCACGUCAAAUACACUGAUUGGGCUGAAACAGGACUGGUUUUUGCUUGGCAACGUUCUUGGGGUGAGACUGUCCCACUCUGUGAGACUGAACCACCCUUUGUUCUACCUGAAUUGGAUGAUUUUUCACCCACUGAAACAGGGGAGCCUCCUCUGUCUAAGGCAGUGUCUUGGCAAGAGCAUGUAAAUUCGCAGGUAAGAGCAGUCAACGCUAAAUCCCAGGUCAAAAUUAAUAAAACGGAAAGCAGAAACAUGGUAGGAUCAUAUUCUAUUGACACUUGGAACAAAGUAGGAUCGAAUAUUCCCAAGAUUUCUGACCAGCUUUUGAGAAUCAAUGUCAUUGAUGGGUUUAGGAGCGACAAGGUCGGCAACAUCAUCGUCGGGGUUUGA